CUCAUUCGAACUCCCAAGGAUAAGGGAGAAGGAGAGAGCCACACAACCAAGAGAGCAAGAGAAAGGGGAAGCUGCCGCAGGUCCAUUUUCCAGUGCGUUGGGUUGCUUGUUUGGUUCAUAUCUCGAGCUAUACUUAUCCAAAUAAGGCGUGUGAGGUGCCCAAAGAAAGCUCUCAAGAAGAGGAAACCGUGAAGGCGUGGUUUGCAGAAAACGGAGUAGCGGAAGACCUCCAAAUCGUCCGAACAAAACGCAACCUCGCAGAUUACGUUUUUGUAUUCAAAGCUAGGGAACGAAUUCGCCGGAAAAGCGCCUGUUCUAGGGGCUGUUUUUGUAUCGACAUUUAGGGGUUGAGCUAGCACUUUGAAGAGGCUGUUUAACAAUCAUAUUUAAGCAAGGAAUAAGUUCUUAACCCACCUUGACCGAAGCUUUGACCAUUGGAUCAAGAAGGAAGAGUUUAAAGCUCAAUUAAGGUUGAAGCUCGAGCUUGCUAUCUGUGCCCGUUGCUCGGGUGAUCCUUUGGAGAGAAGACGUGGUUCGUGCUUUCUCCAUUCUGUUUUGAACAAUAUUAAACAUGCUCAUGGAUAUUUUACUAUAGAGCCUGCGUGCUCAUGAAUAGCCCUGUGUGGCCCUUUUGUUUUAAACAAUGUUUUCCGCUGCGUUACGAAUUACUUAUUAUGUUUGUUUAUGGAUGUUAUGUGUGUGAAUGAUAUUCAAGACGCCUUGUAUAAUAUGAAUGUGUUGGACUGCGGUUGACUAUUCGUAUUGUACGGCGGGUUGUUGACGUGUCCGGGGAGGUCCGGGGCGUGACAAUUAAGUUGGUAUCAGAGCCUUAGUCCAUAAACUUCAUAAUGAAGUCUCAAAAUUCUCUUUUUGAAAAGAUUUUGAAAACCAUGAGCAUAGAAGUUUUGUACUUGGAGAGCUUUUGGUAUUUGGGUUGCAAGGUCUCUAAUUGUUAAGAUGGUACCCUUAGCAAUUGGUAUGGCGGUGACUCGAGCCAAAAUGUGUCUUAAGUACCUAUCCGUCAAUUGACAUUUCAUGCGAGUCUAACGACUCUUUCCAAAAUUCUUUCAGAAAUGGACCGUGGUGGCAGGAUUACUAGGAGGAACCCGACCGGCCGUGUACCAGUGGAGACUGGACAGGGCAGUCGAAGGACCUCUAGGGCAUCUAGAGGGGCUGGCCGUGGAGGCCGAUCACAGACCGUGAGUGACGGUCAUGUCGACACAGAAAGUGAAACCUACUGGUCCUAUGAGGACUCGACUUACCAACCGGAAACCGAGCCGGUUGAGACCCCUUACGAAGGGGAUGACGAUGAUGUGAGUGAUGAAGAAGGGGAGAAUGACUCCCUAGCAAGAAUUGAGGCGCUGCUCCAGCAAUAUCAGCGGGAGCGCGAGGAAAGGAGGGAACGCCAAAGGCGCCGAGGAGGGCGAACUUCGGGAGGGGCUUCAAGGGGAAGAAGCCAUGGCGACUCUAGGGCCCACGUUGAACCACAUGGGGGCCGGGGUGAUGGAGGUCCAAUCAUAAGGAUCUCCAAGUACAUCAAAGAGGCACGAGACUUGGGGUGCAAACCGUUCGAUGGAACAGGUGACAUCUCCAUUUCGGCGCAGUGGAUCAAGAGGCUGAAUGAGGCGGCCCUGGACAUGCAACUCACCCCCGAAUAUAAGCUAAGGGUUGCGGUGAGGUUACUUGAAGGUAUGGCGUCCAAGUGGUGGGAUGGGACCAAAAGCAAAUAUGGUGAGACCGUCACUUGGGAGAAUUUCCGAGAGGAAUUCUUCGCACAAUACUACUCGGAUUUCGAGGUGAACAAGAAGGUGAGGGAAUACACCCUUCUAACCCAAGGGGGUAACAUGAAGGUGAGGGAACUUGAGUACAAGUUCAGGGAUCUUGCCGACUACAUACCUGAGUAUGCUUGUGAUGAGAAUCGGAUGGUGAACCACUUCUGGGAUGCUCUAGACUUGGAAAUACGCGAUAGGGCAACACAAUUGCCAAACAUGACGUUUGCUCAAGUGGUUGACCAAGGGUUGAAAGGGGAGAAACAGUGGGAGGAGAGGAAGAGGAGAGAUGCCGAAGAGGCGAAAAAGAGAAAGGGGGAGAGUCAUGGCCCUCAAGGUUCCAAUAAAAAGGGAAACCAUGGAGGAGGAUCUUUCCGAACACCACCGCCCCCACCUAGGGGGAACCAAGGCCCGAAUGGACAAGGAUCACGGACCUCGGGGGUAGCUCGGUGCAAUAAUUGCAAAAGGAGCCACUUUGGCAAGUGUCGUGACCCUCCUAAAUGCUUCCAAUGUGGGGAUGCCGGGCAUUUGAAGAUGAAUUGCCCACAAUUGGGUGGGUCAAGGUCAUCGGGACCAAGUAGCGGGGCUACGGGAACAAAAAAACCAAGCCCGGGGUUCCCAAUUAACAAGGGGACAUGGGGGAGCAAACACGAGCAACGCGCCAUCCGUGAAUCAAGGAAGGGCCCAAGCUAGGGUCUAUGCGAUGACGGAGGCGGAUGCUCAAGCUAACCCGGAUUCCGUUGCAGGAUAAGGGAGAAGGAGAGAGCCACACAACCAAGAGAGCAAGAGAAAGGGGAAGCUGCCGCAGGUCCAUUUUCCAGUGCGUUGGGUUGCUUGUUUGGUUCAUAUCUCGAGCUAUACUUAUCCAAAUAAGGCGUGUGAGGUGCCCAAAGAAAGCUCUCAAGAAGAGGAAACCGUGAAGGCGUGGUUUGCAGAAAACGGAGUAGCGGAAGACCUCCAAAUCGUCCGAACAAAACGCAACCUCGCAGAUUACGUUUUUGUAUUCAAAGCUAGGGAACGAAUUCGCCGGAAAAGCGCCUGUUCUAGGGGCUGUUUUUGUAUCGACAUUUAGGGGUUGAGCUAGCACUUUGAAGAGGCUGUUUAACAAUCAUAUUUAAGCAAGGAAUAAGUUCUUAACCCACCUUGACCGAAGCUUUGACCAUUGGAUCAAGAAGGAAGAGUUUAAAGCUCAAUUAAGGUUGAAGCUCGAGCUUGCUAUCUGUGCCCGUUGCUCGGGUGAUCCUUUGGAGAGAAGACGUGGUUCGUGCUUUCUCCAUUCUGUUUUGAACAAUAUUAAACAUGCUCAUGGAUAUUUUACUAUAGAGCCUGCGUGCUCAUGAAUAGCCCUGUGUGGCCCUUUUGUUUUAAACAAUGUUUUCCGCUGCGUUACGAAUUACUUAUUAUGUUUGUUUAUGGAUGUUAUGUGUGUGAAUGAUAUUCAAGACGCCUUGUAUAAUAUGAAUGUGUUGGACUGCGGUUGACUAUUCGUAUUGUACGGCGGGUUGUUGACGUGUCCGGGGAGGUCCGGGGCGUGACAUAGUCACUAGUAAUAUUUUUGUAAAUCAUCUAUAUUUU